AUGUCAGAAUAUGGUAUGCCACAUACUCAGAGAUCUGGACUGGCUGAAUCACAGCAACCCCCCCCGGAGCCACAUCAGACACCACCUGAGUCGCAGCAGGCUCCCCAGUACCUGAUAGACCUUAUGGCUCCCCUAGUCGCUAAGAUAGCAGCAAUCGAGGAGCUUGUGGCGAAUCAUAUUACACAACCACCACCAGUAGUUGAAACCGCCAUUUCUCAGGAAAAUGGGACGGCUAAGUUUCAGAAGGACAAAAUGGAUAACUUGGGCACUGAAGCUAAUGAAGUAAACUUGGAUGACGAUGAUUUGAUAUAUACUCCUCAAGUAUCAGAUGAGUUGAGGCCAAAAAAAGGGCAAGAAUUUGACACAAUAGAUGAUGUUGUGACAUUCUAUAAUGCUUAUGCUAAAGUAGCUGGGUUUAGUCAUCAACAAUUCAAUUUACUUGGAGUACAAUUUGGAGGUAUAGAAAAUAUUGGGUGCACUCAAAGAGAUUUGUAUAAUCAUGCAAGGGAUAUUCGUGCUGAUUUGAAGGGGCAUGAUGGUGAAAUGUUUUAUGAGUAUUUAAAAUUAGAACAAGGAAAGAAUCCCUCAUUUACUUUUCAAAUUGAGGCCGAUGAGGAACAAAAGAUUACUCGUUGUUUUUGGUCUGAUGCAAGAUCAAGGCGGGCUUACAAAUUUUUCGGUGAUGUUGUAAUCUUUGAUACUACUUAUAACACUAAUCGCUAUGGCCUUAUAUUUGCACCAAUAAUAGGGGUUAACAAUCAUGGUCAAACAAUUGUUUUUGCUUGUGGAUUUUUGAAUCAUGAGAGCGUUGAUGAUUUUGUAUGGUUAUUUAAUCAAUUUAUGGAAAGUAUGCCUGGUGGUGCCCCGAAGAUGAUUAUUACCGAUCAAGACCCAACGAUGACUAAGGCAUUCCCUCUUGUUCUUCCAAACACUUUUCACAGGUAUUGUAGUUGGCAUAUAUUAAUGAAGUUUUCUGAGAAAAUUGAUGCAGUGAAGUAUAGUAUUUAUAAAAGUGAGUUCUCGGCUUGCAUUUGGAAAUCAGAGACUCCUGAAGAAUUUGAUUUACAAUGGGAAAGUCUGAUUAAGAAAAGUGGAUUAGAAGGAAACAAGUGGUUGCAAGACCAAUAUGAACUUCGGUCAAGAUGGAUUCCUACAUAUGUUAAUCACAUUUUCUCAGCAGACAUGUCAAGUAGUCAAUGA